CACCUUCUCCUCCUCCACCACCCAUACAUACAUUCUCAUCUCUUGAUCUGAUCAUUCAUCUCCAUUUUUAUUUUUUUUUUAUUUUUAAACCAAUUAACUUUGGAUUACAUAAAUGGCUUCACUCAAGGUGGAUCAUCAUGAUCAGCUCAAGCAAUUGAAGGACAUCUUCGCAAGAUUUGACAUGGACUCAGACGGCAGCUUGACCAUCCUAGAGCUUGCUGCACUCCUUAGGUCCAUCGGACUCAAGCCCACCGGCGACCAAAUCCACGUCCUUUUAGCCAACAUUGACUCCAACGGCAAUGGCUUCGUCGAGUUUGACGAAUUGGUCAACGCCAUUUUGCCCGACAUGAACGAAGAAGUACUGAUAAAUCAGGAGCAGCUUUUGGAGGUUUUCCGAUCGUUUGAUAGGGAUGGCAAUGGCUACAUAACUGCGGCUGAGCUGGCAGGAUCUAUGGCCAAAAUGGGUCAGCCAUUAACGUACAGAGAACUCACGGAGAUGAUCCAGGAAGCUGAUGUUAAUGGCGAUGGUGUCAUUAGCUUUCAUGAAUUUGCUGCUGUAAUGGCAAAGUCUGCUUCUGGUUUUCUAGGCCUCGCUUUUUCGUGACUGAUUUAUUUAUUUAUUUAUUUAUUUAUAUUCAUUUUCAAAAUGAUCAUUCUUGUUGAUAUGAU